AUGCGGCGCCUCGUUUGUUCGCCCGCACAGUGCGCGGUGCUGCGCCCGUGUCGCGCUUCCAUCGUCCUGAAUCGCGGAUCCACCUUUAAUAUGGCGCAGCGCAGCUACUUUAGCUUCCUGCGGCGCAAAGUCCCGCGCGUCAAGGUGGAGGAGGCGCUCUUUGACAAGCAGUCAACGCACUACACAGGGACCAUAUUCGGCCUAUCGGCAGACGCCGUGGUGUUUUACUCAAAGGCAGGCGCUGCAGUGUUUUGCAUCAUUCUGGUAUUUGGUGUGUUCAUCAAGGGAUACGCCAUGCUCUCGCGAUUUAGUCUCGCGACAGUGGCACGCUUGGGAUUCAUGAGCGGCUUUGUCUCCAGCGCGGUACUCUACACUGUCGUCCUCGCGGUGAUUCGGCGGUUUAAGAUCAACCCAAACGCGGUGUACAACCAAUCCAUUGCGCUUGUCAUGCGCAAUGAGAGUGUGGUGCAGCACCUCGGCGCCCACCCACGCACAGGGGACUUCAAGGCGUACUGUUAUAGCGGUGGCUUUCGGCUCCCGCUCCUGCGUCGCAUUCGCAGUGGAAACUACGAGCUUUCGGACCUACUCGGACUGAAGGAAAGGCGAAUGCAAAUGAUGUUCAUCCUGCGUAAUCCAGCAAAUGGGCGGGAGGGACUCGUCACGUGCGACGUGCGCCGAGAGACGACUGGAUUCAUGGCCUCCACUAACACCUACAGGUCAUUGGCAGUAACGCUAACGGACGCUGGUCGCACAACGGAGCCGAAGACUGUCGUGGUGAUUGGCCGACCAGAAGAUGUGGUAUAUCGUGGCCUCAUGCGCCUGUAG